AUGACAGCCGCCACAUUCAAUGCCGCUGAGAGCCUCUCACUACUUCCUACCUCAGACUCAAUAACCCUCCUCUUCAAACAUGACAAGUCGACCACUCUACUCUCUGUUUUGCCGGCCACUCCUCUCGUCGAGAUUAAAGCCCUUCUUGUCGCCGCAUUACGCUCCCGAAACAUCACCACAUUCCCGAACUCGCCAACAUCACUCCCAGAAGACGCUGAAGACCUCGAGUUCGGAAUUCUAGUGGAUAAAAAAGAUCCAAGCCAGGGAUGGGUGUCUUUAGAGACUUCUGGAGAUGAUAACUCCUCCAAAGGAAACAAGAAGAAGACUGGCGGCAAAGGCACUACCAAAACACAAGAUCCCAUCGGCGUAGGCUUGACCGAUGGGUGUUGGCUUGCAUACAGACUCAAGUCGACCUCGCCGUCCAAGUCUCAAGACCACGGAGAUACUGAACCAGCCUCGACAGAGGUUGAGAUCGAAGAGGAUCCCGGUUGGAAUGUCGUCCUGCCUAGUUUCGACGACGAAAACGAGUGAACUCGACCGAAAAUGUUCCACAUUUCCCUCAACACUCAUAUUAGAC